AUGGCAGCCGACCGUGAGCGAUUGCAGGCUGAGCAUCAGCGCCUGCUCGAUUUGCAGCAAAGCGUACGGGAUGCCGAUCGCAACAACAAGGAAGCCAUGAAACACGCUUGGGCCCAGGUGGAAGAAGAGCGAAGAAGCCUUCAAGAGCAACAAGUCCGUUUGGACAGCGAGUUGAACGCGCGAAAAGAGGAGUUGGAGGUGCAGGAGCAUCGCCUGAAGGCCGAAACAGAGCGGCUCAAGUCCUUGCACCAGCAGAUCGAGGUGGCACGGCAGAAUGCGGCCCGCCGGAUUCGGGAGACGGAGUCCACGGUGGCCAAUGAGCGGCGCUGCCUCAUGAAUGACUUGGAGGUGUUCGAGGAGAGGCGCCGACUUUACGCGCAGGAAGCAAUGAAGCUGGAGACGGACCGAAAGAGCUUCGAAGAGGAGAAGGAGCAGUUGGAGAGCGACUUACAAAGCAUGGGCCUAAUGGCACACGAGGUGGAAAGGCGGUCCGAGGAGAUCCGGGCAUUGCAUGACCAAGCAGCCGAGGCCAGAGCAGAACUGCAGCUGCUUCGGGGCCAGCUGCAGGCUGUGCGCCUUUGCAAGCGUCAGGCUGCGCUCUUGGGCAUUAAGGGCAUGUGGCGUGCCCAGUGCAUGCAGGAGGAGCGGACGGCUCAAGGCUCCGAGAUGGAACGCCUGAAAACCAUGUUGGGACCUUGA